AUGACUCCAGCCACGUCUACCAUCUCUAACGCAUCGUCAUACAAAAUUGAAGAAUCAUAUGCUGAAAUUGAUAAAAUUACAUCCAAUUCAUGGUACACCCCAAUUGAUCAAAUUGCUCCCAAGGUGAAAAAAGUCACCGAUUCAUUCUUUCUGAAUCAAAAGUCUCAUGAUAUCCAAUUUAGAUUGAACCAAUUGAGAAACCUUUACUUUGCUGUCAAGGAUAAUCAAGAUGCAUUGGUUGAAGCUUUGGAAAAAGAUUUUUAUCGUGCUCCAUUUGAAUCAAAAGUGUUGGAAAUUGAAACCGGAUUGAAUGAAUUGGUUCAUACUAUGGCUCAUUUACAUGAAUGGAUGAAACCAGAACAGGUGACUGGUUUACCUCUUUCCAUGCAAUUGAAUCCAGUUUAUAUCGAGAGAAUUCCAUUGGGUGUUGUUCUUGUUAUUACUCCCUUUAAUUACCCCUUUGUAUUGACUUUUGCUGCUGUUGUUGGUGCUAUUGCUGCGGGAAACCACGUUGUAUUGAAGCAAUCGGAAUUGACUCCUAACUUCUCUAAUUUGUUUUCCGAAAUAUUUACCAAAGUUUUGGACCCAGACACUUUUGUAGCCAUCAAUGGUGGUAUUCCCGAAACUACUGAAGUGUUGAAUCAAAAGUAUGACAAAAUUAUCUACACUGGUAACGGUACUGUUGGUAGAAUUAUUGCCAAAAAGGCUGCCGAGAAUUUGACUCCUUGUAUUUUGGAAUUGGGAGGCAAGUCUCCUGGUGUUAUUUUGGAUGAUGUUACCGAUUCGGACAUUGCCACUGUGGCAAGAAGAAUUGCCUGGGGUAGAUUCACCAAUGCCGGGCAAACUUGUGUUGCCGUUGAUUACGUUUUGGUGCCUCAAAAAUUACAUUCCAAAUUCAUUGCUGCAAUCAAGAAGAUUUUGGAGGAAGAUUUUUACCCCAACUUGGAUAAAACCAACAAGGAUUGGACUCAUAUCAUCCAUGAUCGUGCUUAUGGAAACCUCACCAAGAUGAUUGCCAACACCAAGGGAGAUAUAGUUGUUGGAGGAUUGAACCAAGCUGAUUCAGAAACUAGAUUCAUUCCACCUACUGUUAUUGAUAAUGCUACUUGGUCCGACUCAUCAAUGCAGCAAGAGAUUUUUGGUCCUGUUUUGCCUGUUAUUGUUUACGACAACUUAUCCGACGCCAUCAAAGAGAUUGUUAGACAACACGAUACUCCAUUGGCUGAGUAUGUAUUUACUAGUGGUUCAACUUCACCCAAGAAGAACCGCCAAUUGCAACAAAUCAUCACCAGUGUAAGAUCAGGUGGAUUGAUUGUCAAUGAUGUAAUCAUGCAUGUUGGAUUAUCUAAUGCGCCAUUUGGAGGUAUUGGUGAAUCGGGUUACGGAGCUUAUCAUGGAAAAUUUUCGUUUAGGUAUUUUACACAUGAAAGAACCACUAUAGAAACGAAAUUGUCGACUGAAAAGAUGAUGAUGUCGAGAUAUCCACCAUUUACCGAUGGUAAGGAUAAAUUGCUUGCUGCUGCUCAACAAAGUUACAAUGGUAAUGUUUGGUUUGGUAGAAGGGGAAAUGUUCCCGUUGGUGGUCCUGGUGGUUUCUUUAGUAUUUGGAACUCCAUUGGUGGUGUUUUCAACUUGAUUAGAAGAUUCACCACCACAAAGACCUAG